UGUCCUCGAAGGUGCUUGCUUCCCUUCAGUCGCUAAAACCCUAAAGCCCUAGCAACUCUCUCCCUCCUCUCUCCCUCUCGGUUCACUGGAAUGGCUUCGAAGGAUCUGAAAUUGCAAAAACCGAAGAAGAGGAAGGAUAGCGAAGGUUCUACGAAACUCGAUGUUCAACAUACGAAGAAAGCGAAGCUGGUUUCUACAAAUCCGGCGAAGCAACAGAAGAAGUUUCAGAAGCCAAAACUAGGGCAACAAACGGGUAAAUCGAAAUUCAUCAAUUCCGAAUCUGGAGGAGACAAAGAUAAGAAUGUUUCCCUGUCUAAGAAGGAGGGCCGCCAACGCGCUAAGGAACUAGCUGAAGCUAGAAAGAAGAAGCGGAAGCGGCAUUACAAUCUCGAGCAAGAGCUUGCAUCUCUGUGGGAAAAGAUGAGACGCCGAGACAUUGGCAAGGAAGAGAGAUCAAAGUUGAUAUCAGAAGCUGUCCAAAAGAUGAAAGGAAAGAUUCCGGAUAUUGCAGGCUCGCAUGUUUCAUCCCGUGUUCUCCAGACUUGUGUAAAAUACUGCUCACAAGCCGAAAGGGAAGCUGUUUUCACGGAACUUCAGCCGCACCUUCUUAGCCUGGCAUCUAAUACUUAUGCUGUUCACUUAUUAAAGAAGAUGCUUGAUAACGCAUCUAAGCAGCAGCUGGCGGUUUGCAUCUCCAGCCUCAGGGGACAUGUCGCUCCUCUGCUCCGACACAUGGUGGGAUCUGUCGUCGUCGAGUAUGCAUAUCAGCUGGGAAAUGCAGCACAAAAACAAGAGCUUCUUGCGGAGUUGUAUUCUGCAGAGCUUCAGUUGUUCAAGGGCUUGACGUCAAUGACAGAGAAAAGGGUGGUAGACAUUAUCACUAAGCUCGGCCUACAAAAGGGUGCUGUUAUAAGACACAUGAUUACCAUUAUCCAACCGAUUCUCGAGAAGGGAAUUGUUGACCACUCUAUCAUACACAAACUAUUGAUUGAAUACUUGACAAUAGCUGACAAGACAUCUGCUGCAGAUGUGAUUCAGCAAUUGUCAGGUCCCCAUCUUGUCCGUAUGAUUCAUACCCGUGAUGGUUCUAGGCUUGCGAUGCUCUGUAUCAAGCAUGGAAGUGCUAAGGAGAGAAAGAAGAUUAUCAAAGGAAUGAAAGGCCAUGUGGAGAAGAUAGCUCAUGAUCAGUAUGGGAGUUUGGUUCUAGCAUGUGUUUUAUCGACAGUUGAUGACACGAAGCUUGUGUCGAAGAUUAUUGUUCGUGAGCUUCAAGCUACCUUAAAGGAUCUUGUUAUUGAAAAGAAUGGAAGGCGACCACUAUUGCAGCUGCUGCAUCCAAAUUAUUCACGUUAUCUCAGUCCUGAUGAACUGGCUUCUUUUGAUCUGUCUGUUCCAUCAUUAUGCAUGACGGAUAAGUCAGAAACAACCUCUCAAACAAAAGAGGCAGAUGGUAAAGAAUCUUGUGGGGAGAAAGGUGAACAAGAAGAUAAAGUAACUGAACAUGAUGAAGGUUCGGAUGCCGAAGAAAACAUUGGAGUUGCGGGUGGUAAAAAAGAUCCACUUUUGAGAAGGCAAGAACUGCUUGUCAAAAGCGGGCUUGCUGAGAGCCUAGUCCAAGUGUGUAUUGAGAACGCUGAAGAAUUGCUCAAGUCGAACUUCGGCAAAGAGAUCAUGUAUGAGGUAGUAACAGGAGGCUCUGACGGAAUUCUUCGCCCGUCUCUGGACGAGAAACUGAACUCGUUGAACGAAGCUAUCGCAUAUGUUGCAGCAAACCCGAAACACGAGCCGGAGGAGUCGGAGCAUGUACUGGAAAACUUCCACUCGAGCCGCACCAUAAGACGCCUCGUCUUGGACUGCCCUCUUUUCGCCUCCGCUCUCUUCAACAAGGCUUUGUCAGGAAAAUCUCGGCCAUGGGCUCAAGGACACAGUGCCAAGGUGAUUUCAGCGUUCUUGGAGACGAAGGAUCCUCAAGUCCGUGAGAUGGCUAAAGAAGAGCUUCAACCUCUGGUCGAUGAAGGCCUUCUCAGCAUCCCUCAAACCAAAAAUCCCUGAAAACGACGGCUAAUCCCUUUUUGUUAUAUUACAUGUAGCAUUCUCUCAAAUUCAUGUUCCAUUUUGCUAUUUAAUCCACAAAUUUUCAUCAUUGAUUAAUUAA